ACCAGCCAGGAGAGAAAAAGACGAAGAAGAAGAACGUGUAACGUUAGUUAGCAUAAACAGAUAGCGUAGCUGUGUGUGUUAUCUUGUAUAGAUCUAGCAACCCACCAAGACACAUUCGUCUAAGAACAUUUCAUACCUGCGAACACACCAAGCCCCACUUUAGGUGUCAUAUUCUGAAGGUCACAUUUCAUCUGGUACAGUAACACUGUAAAACUACUGGCAGUCGUGUGACCCAAGAAAAUAAUGUGCUGCAGCUGAAGAUGGGGGGUAGCGGCUCCAAAUCCAAAGGAUUUUGGCCUUUUUCUGGCUCAGUUAGUACGGACGAGCCAACCAAAGAUGGAAAUGAGCCGUCAAUGGCGAAAGUUCGAAGUUUCCCAAGCGCAACACCUUUUGUGUUAACUAGACGAAGUUCUCUGUACUUUGAUGAAGAUGGCGACUUGGCCCAUGAGUUCUAUGAAGAGACAAUUGUGACAAAAAAUGGACGAAAAAAAGCCAAACUGAAGAGGAUUCAAAAAAACCUAACACCUCAGGGAAUUAUAAAGCUGGACAUCCCUUGCAUCCAUGUAGAUUUCCCAGUUGUUCUCUGUGAAGCCUGAUGAUGUCUGAGCAGUGUCUCAGACUAGCCACUGUGUCAACUCCGUCCUGUUGUUUCCCCUACAGUUGGAAGCCUGAACCACCUUUUAAAAUAAUAUGAUCUCUUGAUAUAUUUGAUGCCCUUAUGUGGACAGGCUGAUGCAUUGUGUGCUGAGCCUCUGCAUGUGAUCUGUUUUGGCUUGUGUGCAGUUAAGACACAGAAUAGGUCACCGAUGGAGAUCUAGAAGGAUGCCAAGUUGGCAAAACGUACUCAGUUUACUGACCAUGGUUUGUCUGCAUGUAAGUGUGAAUGUGUGUGCAGACACGGGAUGAAAUGUGACAAGAGUAUUGAAUUUAUUGCUGCCGAUAGUUUUCUGGUAUGAUUCAUUGAACUCUAAGAUUUUGAGGAGAAGGUAACCAGUUCCUCCCCGUGUCACGGUCAUAUCUCAAGCGGGAAAGGUUCAAGUGCACACUUUGUUUUUUGACACCAUCUUGACUUGCUUUAUUAUGCAUGGAACAGGAUCUGCUUAUCGGUAAUAGCCCAGGGAGUUGACAAUCAGUGGCCCACAAAGUCUAAAGUGGAUUAAUGUCAUAUUAUAUUGUUGGAUGGACUGGCUUCAAUGACCUCGGAGCCAGACAUGUACACAGCAGCAGUGAGUCUAGUAAGAUAUCCUGUUGUUUCGUUUGCUGCUUUGGCAUAAUAUGUUUCACUUUUAAUUUAUUAUAACUGUUUUUUAAUUACAAUAUCAAAUGCUAAACUGUGUCAUGGUCCUUAUUUAUAUUAAAACAUUACAGUUGA